CACCAACUUGGGCUGAGAAAUACAAUCCUUAAACUUGGUUUACACAUAAAUCAACAAUUUGCUACACACUUAACUCUCAAAGCAAUUAUCACUACUUUUCAACAUAAUAACACGAAGUUCUAACGGCCAUUAUAGAUUGGCCUACAAAUCCACUUUAGGAAAUCCACACACAUCAUUAACCUCCCAUAGCAUGACACGACAUCUAGUAUACUAGAAAAGUUAGUUGAGGGAUUUUGUUCGACUUAAUUUCCUAGUAAAUUCACAAAACCAUCAUUUACUUUUCUAAACAAUCAUGCCCAGAAACUAGAAUGAACUAAACAAACAUGCGCUGUGCCCGCCUAAUCAACAAGCCUCACAAACAUACACCUGCUUCGCUUCAAGAUCCGCCCACUGGAACAAGCUGCCCGUGCCCGCCUAAGCUAAGCCCACUCGGUCGGGGCACCAGCUUCGCUCUUAGCUUGCUCCAACAAAGGAUAUAACAAAGCUAAUACGUAAUACUCAUCAGGUGUAGACUUUUUUUUUUGGGCUAUGAAUCUAUGUUGUACUCAUUUAUGCAAUUUUUUUUUUGGAAAACAUGUACUCAUCUAUGCUAGUCAUUAACUAUUAUUGUUCGAGCAGAAUGAUUUUAAUUUCAACUUUAUAGUACACAUGUUUUUACCCGCCAUUAAUUAAUUGAUAAGUUAGAAUGAAAGUAAGUUUGCUAGGAGUUCUAAAUUAAUGCCCAACAUUGUUGUCAAUUUUUCAAACUCAUGAUUAGAUUUAACAAAUCACUUUCCAUUACCCAAAUUGAAAUAUGAGAAUUCUCAAAAUUUAGAAACUCUCUUUUACUUCCUCGAAUAUCUCAAAAUUAAAAUCUCUCUCAAGUUAGAGGUUAUUUAGCCACGGCUUGUAAGCCACACAUAAUACAUCCUUUAUAUGCAAUCAUCUUAUCGUUGACAUAGUGCAACGUGAUGCAUUAAUCAACUACGGAGUACUUUACAUCCUCAGAUUAGAUAGAUUAAGUCGGUAUUUGGGAAUCGAUGUUGGUUAUUGGUUGUUUUACUUGGGUUUGACCAACUUUUUGUUUUGGCAUAAGUUGUUUGACUAAAUUUUUUAGUUUUUGUUGUUAUUUUUAUUGUUACUGUUACAAUUACUGUGAUUGUUCAUGUAAAAAAAAACACAUUUUUUAACUUAUCAAAUAAGUCCUCUUAUGCCAGUUGUCAAACACUAUAAAUGUUGUACGGGUGUAAAAAUCAUAUAAAAUGACACAUCUGCCCAUAUUCGAAUAAACAAUUUAAGUUGAAAAAGCAGUAAGAUUUGGCAUAAGGAUUUAUCUUUAAAAACUUUAUAAUUUGACUAUAAGGAUAAGAUUGCAUUAAUCAUUGUGAAACAACAUUUAUCUAGAAUAAAUAGAUAAAAAUAAAAUUUAAUUUUGAUUAGAGGGGGAUAUGUUAUUUUAGUACCACCAAUAAUGGUAUUUUAGUUUUCUCUUAUGAUUGACAACCAAAUACGACACAACUGUUCUAUGGGAAAUCUUUUAAGUAAAAGAUAAAAGUUCGAGAAGAUCAUAGUUACAUUAACAUUUUUAAUUGAGGAGAUAAAAAGCAAACCAUAGUAAAGUACUAAAGUUAAGCUUUUGUAUUAGAACCUAUGUAAGUUUACUUAGGUUUCUGAACCGACUUAAAUUCUUCUAAGAAGAAUCUAACACAAUACAGCUGGUCCAUCACUUUACAAUUUAUGGAAAAUAAGUGGACCUUAGUAUUUUGAUAGACAGUAAGUUAUGCUGAAAACUAACAAGACAAAGUCUACUAAUUGAUGAUGGAACAUCCCAACAUGAAAGCAAGGUAAGAUAAAAAAAACAGUAUAUAAGUGUUCACUUGGAUGACUUAUUUUGUGCAAUUUCACAUUUUCUCUACAUACAUACUUAGCUAGAUAUCUAGCUUAUUAUAUAAAUUAAAGUGAGGAUAUAUAGAAAUAAUCCAAGUACAUAAAUAAUAAUGCCUAGAACAGCUUCAACAAGUGCACCAAGAGAUCCAUUAGAAAUAGGUCGCGUUAUUGGAGAUGUCUUGGAUCCUUUUAAUAGGUCCGUAAAUCUCCGAGUCAGCUAUAACAAUCGUAUUGUUACUACUGGAGGUGAGUUUAGGCCCUCUCAAGUUGAUAGUCAGCCUAGGGUCGAGGUUGGAGGUGAUGACCUUAGGACUUUCUACACCUUGGUAAUGGUGGAUCCUGAUGCUCCUAGCCCAAGCAACCCACAUCUUAGGGAGUACUUGCACUGGUUGGUGACUGAUAUUCCUGGGACCACUGGUGCAACCUUUGGUCAAGAGGUGGUUUGUUAUGAGAGCCCACGGCCAUCCCAGGGAAUACAUCGAUUCGUGUUUGUGUUGUUUCAACAGCUAGGAAGGCAAACUGUUUAUGCUCCCGGGUGGCGCCCGAAUUUCAUCACUAGAGACUUUGCUGAGCUCUACAACCUUGGCUUACCAGUUGCUGCUGUCUAUUUCAACUGUCAAAGGGAAGGAGGUUGUGGUGGAAGAAGGUUGUAAAACCACAUUAUAUUGACCUCUCUAAUGCUUCUCCUGCAACUUACUCGUUUAUUUUGCACUGAUGAAGACAUUUGAAGAUUUUUAGCACACCUUUAAUUUUAAUGAUCAUCUAAUCUACACUUAUAUAUAUAUAAAUAAUACAAUGGUCGGUCUAUAUUGUCAUGUACCUCCGAUUUAAUCACAUUUUUGCCUAAUUUUAAUUUUGUGAAUUGUAGUAAAUCACAAUUACAAAACAGGCAAAAUUAUUCUAUGGAAAAGUGUAAUCGUUACAGUCUUACAAAGUAAUAUUAAUCGUAUGCAAUAGUUAUUAUCUAUAUA